GGAUCAAGGCUUCAGAGAUGGAACCUCGCGCAGCUCUGCGGCGAUCUCGCGCCUCCAGCGCGCUCAGCUUCAAGAGUGGUCUCACUCUCUGGUUGGUGGUGUGGCUGUUGGCAUGUCGCAUUGCUCCAGGUCGUGCGUGUCCGAAGCUCUGUGUGUGCUACGACACGCCCAUGACUGUGAGCUGCCAGUCUCAGAACUUCACCUCUGUUCCGGCCGGCGUUCCCUACGACUCUCAGCGCGUCUUCUUGCAGAACAACCGCAUCAUCGAGCUCAGGGCUGACUCCUUCGGCUUCGAGACCCAGGUCCUGUGGCUGUAUUCCAACAACAUCUCAUGGAUUGAGGCGGGGGCGUUCAGCAACCUACGCGUGCUGGAGGAGCUGGACCUGGGCGACAACCCGUCCCUGCGGCGGCUGGACGGCGGAGCCUUCCGCGGUCUGGAGCGCCUGCAGAGCCUCCACAUGCACCGCUGUGGUCUGACUGAGCUGCCCGCUGACCUCUUCCACAAGCUCUACAGCCUGCAGUUCCUCUACCUGCAGGAGAAUCAGCUGAGCCACCUGCCAGAUGGCCUCUUCUCCGACCUGGUCAACCUCACGCACCUCUUCCUGCACGGCAACCGCAUCCGUACGCUCUCCGAGAAUGCCUUCCGCGGCCUGGUCAACCUGGACCGCCUGCUGCUGCACGACAACCGCAUCCGACAGGUGCACCGUCGGGCAUUCCGCGACUUGGGCCGCCUCACCAUCCUCUACCUGUUCGACAACCAGCUGCGGGAGCUGCCUGGCCAGACGCUGCGAGACACAGCAAAUGUGCAGUUCCUGCGCCUCAACGGCAACCCCUGGGGUUGCGGCUGCGAGGCUCGCACGCUCUGGGAGUUCUUCCGGGGUGCACGGGUAUCCAGCUCCGAGGUGACCUGCACCUCUCCGGCUCCUCGCAAGGGCCAGGACCUGCGCUUCCUGCGUGAGAUGGAUUUCGCCCUGUGCCCACUGCCCGACCCAGGCUCACUGGCCGGCACUACCACCACCACUUUCAGCACCAAGACACGCUGGUGGUUCUCCAAGGGCAAACCAGCCGUCUCAUCCAAGGGUGCCUUCCACAAGAGCGGCGAGGGGGUCAAGGCGUUCCCAUUCGCAUCGGGGAAGAACGUCCAUCCAGUAGCGGCCGCGGCUGCGGCGGCGGCAUCAAAUCUCGCCUCCAAGUACGAGCCGAUGGCGGAGGAGGCUGCUCUGCCCAAGUUGGAGCCAGAAGAAUACUGGGCCAACUACGGCAACGAGGAUUCAGCCUUAGUCCGCUGCUUCGAGCUUGAAUGCCCGCCAGAUGACGAAUCGCCGGCCCUCCCUUCUUCCUCCUCCUCCUCAUCCUCUUUCUUUUCGUUCUUCUCUCUCCUUUCUCUCUCCAUGCUGGCCCUCUCCCUUCACUUGCUGUUUGGCUGAGUGCAGCUGUCUGAGCUAUUAAUUUCUCUUCUUUCACUAUUUUUCAAGUGCUUGGCCCCCCAGUGAUUUGACGGGGCAUGAUUCUGAUGGGCACAUGACAGCAGUAGCAGCCUCAGAAGUGAUGAAGCUGGUACACACACAUACAUAUAUACACAUACACACAUAUAUGCACACAUUGUGAGGGAAGUGCUGUAUUUAGCAUAAUUCACAAGGCAGAGUUAGGCCAGCCUGUUGCCUGUAUGAGGUGAACUACAUCUCCCAUGAGGCUGUGCAGCACCAACUCGGGCCACUCUUCACUUUCUGCAUCCAGCAAGACAAAAACAGAUAGAGAGACAAAACAGAGACAAAUAGACAUACAUAAAAAGACAGUGCUAGAUAACACAGAGAGGAAAGGCAGCAAAGGAAGAUUAGAGGUCAAAAAAGGAAAAAGAAAAAGACAGAGACUCUUUCACUGUGGUCUCUUUGGAGAUGUGCCAUUCUAAAGCUAUCACAACAGACCAUGAUCCACUAACAUGCACUAUCUGUAUAUAGGCACACUCACAAACGCUCUGGCAUAAAUCAAAAUAGGAGACAAAACAGCAACCAAACAUUUGGGAUCAGUAUAUACACAGUGCUUAAAUAGACUGCAGAACAAUUUUGCUUUCUUUUUGUCUGCUACCCCUGAUGAAGCAGUAAUGAGAAGAGCACCUGGGGAAUGGAAAGACGGACUCUGUGUCCAUCUGCCUGUGUUCGUUUCAGGGGAUUUGAGUUGCAGUGUGUCCUGUGUGAAGCUUAUGUAAACUGCGCUGAUAGCGUGGGUGUGUGGUUCGUUCUGGGCUUUCACUGUGCGUUCAGUCAUUUGGCCUAUAGAACUCAGGAAUGAGUGAUGCGCUCCCGGGUUCACCAUAAAAGGAGACGUUCCGCUGUACACAGCAAACUGAACUCUGCAUUUUGUCCUACACUGUAAAUAAAACAAUAAAUAUUCUUUGUAUCUCAA